AUGCAAGGUCACGUUGAUGAAAUAGAAUAUUUAAAAAAUCACGGCGACGAAGAAGAAAACGAAGAAGCCAGUGGGGACUCGAAGGAUCAAAUUUUAAAGCUACUCAAAUCCAGGCUUUUUUCGCUUUUCUUCAGACUGAACACCUUGAAGGUUGCCAUCCCUAUUCAUUAUCACAUGGUAAUGAUAGCGAUUGAAGGUCUACAGCUUCUGACACUUGUACUAAAUGAUGGCAGCUAUAAUAAGCUUGGACCGUAUGAUAGCGAUAGUCCUUGAAAUUUAUCCCAAACCCAAUGACUAAUUGAUGUUUGCUGGGUUUUCAGAGUUGACCGAUAUUUGCGAGGCAGCUCCACAGGCUUCAUGGUUUUGCUUGGGAUAUGAGGAUUUUUACUGGCGUCUCUGGUAGGGAUCGGUGUCUUUAUCGCUAUUGAAAAUAAAAAUUAUUCCUCAAUUAUGAGCUUUUUAUUGAAAAUUCUUAAAGCUCUGAUAACUCUACUGACGAACUUGUUAUUUAUCCCUAUAAUAGACACAUUGGCGUUUGCUAUAAGAUGCUCGCUAGCAACUGAUGAUCACUGCUUAGACUUGCAAGUUGGGUAUCAGUUUAUGAUGAUCUAUGUCGCUGCAAGUGUCGUCUAUUUCGGAGUCAUUAUUCUCUGCUCCAUGCUUUAUUUUGAUUUUUGCCAAAUUUGUGGAGGCUUCAUGGCAAAGCCACACUGUAGACUAAAACUAUUAAAAUUGAGCUCUUAUGUCGGAUUGAUUUUUUCAUACUAUUUUAUUACAACAGCUGGAAAAGUCAUUUUGUUUUUAAUUGUUUGUUUGGUUAUUGGGCUUAUCAUAAGCUACGCUAUGAUUCAGUAUGUACCCUACUACAACCUUCGUAUGUGCCAUAUCCGCUUAGGCGCAAUUGUUUCGUUUACUUCAGCUGUUUUUUGUAUGAUAAUUGGAGAGUUCUUCAAAAGUACAGACCAAACGAACUCUUCAGUCACUAUGCUUUUUUACUUCCUUACCCCUUGUUUAAUACAAAUUACCCAGCUUGCAAUGAACAAAAGGUGCAAAAAUUUAGCUGAGAAAAAAAUCCAGCAAUUAACAAAUCCUUAUCAGGUAGAAAUCAAGGUAAGAAUGCUUGUGCUGAAGCUAGAGGAAGCGAAAAGUAAAUAUGCGAAAUCUAUUUAUGGAGCUAGUAAUGAAGAAGAAAAUGAGGAACUUAAAGCGCUGCAGGCUGAAACUUUUACUGAGAUUGAAACUGUAUAUAACGAAGCGUUCAAAAAAUUCCCGAAUGCGGAAUUUUUAUAUUUGUGGUCAGGGCUGAUUCAAUUGCAUAUUUUUGAAAAUUAUAUUUUAUCUAUGGUCCAAUGCUUCAAAGGGACUAUGAUUGCCAGCAAAUUAGACUCCCAAUAUAUGCUUUACCACUUCAGAAAAACCUCAGAAAGCUUCUAUAAAGCUCAUAUGAAAGAUGAUGCUUAUGACUAUGAACACACAAAUAAAAUGGCGACGACACCGACCCGCCCUCUCCCGGAACUGAGGCGAGGUUGGGGACCUUGCUGCGGCCUGAAGCCAAUCCGCCCAGGGAAAGGUCUGGAAUGGGUACUGGUAGUUUGUGUCCGGCUAGGUUUCCCUCCCAGUCCAGCAACGACGAUCCUAGGGUCGUCCCGAUAGGAAAACGGGCAAAAGGGUUUUUCCUCUAGGGACAGCUAGUGCCAAUUUGGAGGGCAUGGCAGGAGCCGACAAGAGCUAAGGAGUUAAUCCUUAGCUCUAACCCUAGUCUGGCGACGUGAAGCACGGUGACCCAGUCCGCCUACUUCCGGGAUAGCAUGACCAAGCCCCAUAACCGGAAUGAGCUGAGUGGUAGCCUGUGGCACUUAGGUGCACACUGGGAGCAGGGCAAGGAAAGCAAGCGAGGCGUCCAAAAGGCGGAAGAAAAGGACUUUCGGUCCUGGCCGGGAGCUACUUUAUAAAUUUAACUAAGACUAAGACUAAGGCUUAUGACUAUGAAUUAUUCGAAAAAGCUUUCCAAAACGCGCAGAAAAAUGAUGAGUCAGUGACAAGAUCCCAAUUUUAUUUCUGGGCUGAAUUAGAGUCCAAAGCACCAAAAAUCCAGAAAUUAAGUAAAUUAGCGGGAGAAACUGCAAAAAUGAUUAUUGUUGCUAAAGGAAACUACCAAAAAUUGCUGAAGCUGAACUCAAAGAAUACUCAGGCACUAGCUUCCCUCACUCUUGGAGGAAGGUAUUUAUAAAAAAUAUUAUAUAAAAUUUUUUAUUGGGAUCUUUAAAAUCCAAAUGCAAAUAUGAAUAAUUUAAUUGUAAAAUUAUAUUAUUUAGGACGCAAGCUAUCUAAAAUUUAAUAGAAUUAGUUAGAGACCUCACAGUAUUUUGAUUGCUUUACUUGCUCUUAAAAGUGGAAUAAGAAUGUAUGGCUGGUUUUUAAGCAGCUUGAACAAUUUUUCAGAAAUGGGGCAAAGAUACUUGAACAAAGCUGAAAUGCAAGAAGAAGCUCAGCAGAAAAACCUCAACGCAAACGUCAUGAGCAGCUUAAACCAGCCCCUAUCAUUUUUUGAUGCUGAUAAUGCAAUUAUUAGAGUUUCUGGUGACUUUGAAACUUUAGGUGAAAUUCAAAAGGCAAAUGCAUCAGCUUGUCAGCUUUUAGGAUAUUUAUCAGCUGAACUAAUUGGGCGUAAUGUUUCUUUAAUAAUUCCAUCACCAUUUUCAGAGUCUCAUGAUGAAUAUGGCUUGCUAAUAUAAUUAAGUUCAAUUCUAAUUGCUUAAGUUUAUUAAAAAGCUAGCAAAAAUUAUUUUAUAAUUUACCUUAAGAAAGGAUAUAUUAAAAAAUUCCACGAAUCAGGAAAUUACUCAAUUAUAGAUAACCAACAUCUUAUCUUAUAUUUCGCAAACAAAAACAACAACAUUUUUGAAGGAAGACUACUAGUGAAAGUUGUACCUAAUGAUGGACAGCCUCCUUUCUUAUCAGCAAUCAUCAAGCCCACAAAUCCAAAAUACGAAAUAGUUAUCAUGAAUAAGGACUGGGUAAUAACUGGCUACAGCCAACAUUGUUCCGAAAUUUUUGACUUACUUCUCUGAAAGAACCCAAAAAAAUUGCUUGCUUUAUUUUGUUUUUUGAAAUUUAAAAAUCCAAUUCAUAAAGAAAAUUAAAUUUAAUUUAUGUGUUUAAAAUGUAAUCUGUUUAAAAUUUAGCAGAAUUAUCUAGAGAUUUCAUUAUAAUAAUUAUAUAAAAAUUUUUGUUCGCUCACACAGGGUAGGUUUUACCAAAAAAUAGGUAUUUUCCAAUGGUUUGGUUCGUUCACAGAAGGAGGAGUUAGGCAAUACUAAAAACUCUGAACAAAAAAUUUACAAUAUCAUCACAAAAUUCGAAGACAACAAAGAAGCAAUGAUGAGUGAAGACGGCUACGACUACACCCACGAGCACGAAAAAACUGUAAAUAACCUCAAAUUGCGUUUAAGCGAGCUUAAGAUUGGUGAACAGUCUGCCCAUCUCCUCAAAGUCGAAGUUGUAGACAAGCAAGAAACUAAAAAAGGAGACUACACCCGCCAAGACGACAAAGACAGCAAAGCUGUAAGCACAGUUCUCCCACCUUCUAAUAUUUUUAACCAAAAAUCAGACCCACUAAACCAUAUGGACAUAAAUCUGGAACUAGACUCUACUGACUCUAACACCCAACAAAAAAGCAAAUCUAUUAGAUCACCUCCACCAGGAGCAGGUGGCCCCUCAGAAACCAGUGAAAGCCAAGAAAUUUCAGGUUCAAGCGAAGAAGAAAGCAGUGAAGAAGAGUCAGGCGAAGAAGACAGUAGUGCUGAAGAAAUUUCAGGGAGCGAGUCUGACUUAGAAGCUACAAAAGUUGUAGGGAUGCAUGGAAUUGCAGAUGAGCUUGAUAGCUUAAAAGGGAAGAAGUUUGCAGGAUUGAAUGCACCAGAUGAAGAAGAAAAAAAAUCCUAUGAGAAGAAGCAGCUUGGAGAGAGCAAGCCGCCUUCGAAAGACCAAAUUAAUAUUGGAUCUAAAGGGUCUGCUUCUAAGAGCUCAGUGUCAAAAUCAUCUAAUUCUAAAAGUGAGGAGUCUGAAGAAAGCCAAAGUAAAAGCCAAGACAGUAUAGACUGGAGUAUUGACAAGCAAUUUUAUUAAAAAUAUAGAUUAUAUCAUUAAUUCAAUAUAUCCAGUAUAAAUCAUCAGACGAAAGCGGAAAAAAUUCUUACAGUAAAUCAGGCUCUGAAGAAGGAGAAGAAAACGGAGAAGAAGAGGAGGAAGAGGAAGAAGAAGAAUCAGAAAAGUCUUCAAGUGAAAACGAUGAAGAGCAUAGUGAAGAAUACAGCCACACUGACCCUAAAGAAGAAGAUCACAGUGGAAUUGAUGGACAAAGCGCUCAUAGCUCUUCAAAGAGUAUGAACUCUUCUAUGGCUUCCCUUGCUCAGUUCAAUAAAUCAAUCAAAGCUCUCGUUGCAUAUGAAUUUAGCCGAACCAGAAAAUACGUCCUCAGAUUUAAAUUGACCUUGAUCUUGACCAUUAUCGUCCUUAUCGUCACUUCUGUCAUGACUUUCCAGAUCAUUACCAAUUCAGUUGACUUCAAUGAAAAAUUGUCACACUACGUCAAUUUAGUAGGACUACUGAGAAUGUAUACACAAAGUAUCGCGUAUUAUACAAGAAUUAUUUCAUUGAUGGAUUUUGGAUAUGUACCAAAUGCUGACAGAGAUCUAUUUUUCCAAUGGUUAGCCAAUGAUACUACUGAUAUGCAUAAUACGAAUUUAGUUAUGUAUACAAAAUAUGGACUUCUGAGUGAUGCAGAUCAGGUGGUCUACACAAAUGAAGAAAUUUCAACUUGGCUGCUGGAAGGGAAAACUGUCAGAGAAAUCCAAAGCAAUUUAUUUGAUGCCACUUCUAAUUUUAUUCUGCAGGCUUAUCUCUUAAAUGUUGAGUAUAAUAGCACGCUAGUCAACUUAACUAACAGAAGAGCCUUUUAUUUGUAUAGAAAUGGAAAUGGUGAGACGUUACAAUAUAUCAAUAAUUCAGCUAUUUAUUAUGUAGAUGCUGCCUUAAGUGAUUUGGACUCUGAAAGAAUCGUAGCAAUCAUGCUCAUUUUAGUAUCAGUUAUUCUUCUCUGCUUCUGUGCUGGCUUCGCUGUAAUUCCUGCUAUAAGAGUUCUGGAAAAAUCCAAAAAAGAAAUUUGGGAAAUUUUCUUUGAAAUUCCUGGCUAUGUUUGUAGAGUUAUGAAGGCAAAAUGCUCUGAUAGACUUACAAUCCUAACUCCCCCUCUGCGAGCGAAUAAAGCCAUUGAAAACCCCCUAUUUUUUGCCCAAAGACCCACCCUCUGUGAAUUAUGAAAAAAUAGGGUAUAAGUGAUAAUUAGAUUAGUUUAGUGAUUUGUCUUUAUAGUCCCCACUUCCUAAGCACCAUGCGUUCCGCAGUGAUAUCGCUGCGGGGUGAACUCCCUCAAGGCAGCCUGACCCGGGCCCGAAACACCCGGUUUCUCGGUAGUGGUAUUCCCCUUCUGAUCAGGAUCAUACCUGAACAACCAUUUCCAACCCAGUCUCCAGAAUUACCCAACCCUGCUGAGCUCAGCCAGAUCGCCUUUUUUGAUCGGGACCCUUUUAAACUGGAGAGACUUGCGCCCUUGAGAUCUGAGUCGAACUUCGCCUUCUCCUCUUUUCCGAAUCAGCUCCGAGAAAGAACUCAACCCCUUGCGGGGGAUUCGGGGCGAAGCCACCAAGUAGCUUAGGCAGGCAACUCCCCCUGCCUCUUUCAGACACCGAGUCUGGGCCUCGGCGCUACUGGCAAAAAGAAUGCCCGAAUCAGGCCACAAAUCAGCGGAGAUUGUGCUGGGCCUCUCGCCUCGAGGCUAACCCUUCCAUUGAAUAGCUCUCCGCACCCAAAAACCACGUCCGGUAUACAUAAGGACACCCGCCACGGAGGGAUGAGUCGCUCGUCUCCGGCUAUUUUAUGUAUAUAAGUGAUAAUUACUAUAAUGAAAUUUCUAGCUAAUUUUCUGUUUAAUUUUAAACAGUUUUAAAAAAUAAAUUUUACAAAUUAAAUAAAACUUUUACUAAAUAUUUUAAAUUUAAAAAAAAAAUUACUAUAAAAAUUAGAUAUAUACAAUUUUUAUAAAAAAAAUCAACCUCCUCCAUGAGCUAACAACAUUUUUUGGUUCACUUACAUAGGGGAGAGUAAAUGAACAAGCCAAUAUGGAGCUUGAAGAACUUAAUGGAGAUGACCAAAAAGAUGAUGAAGAAAAAGCUAAAGAUGAAGGCAAAAGAAAUGAUAGCAAGGCUAGCAAAGGAGAUAGAAAUGGAGAUAAGUCAAAGAAAAAGAAAAAUGUAGUCGAACAAAAACGUGUGUUAGCUUAUGAUCCAAAACAAAGAAAAAUUAUUGUGAUUAAGCUGGCUUGUUUCUUUAUUAUUAGUGUUGUGUAUUUUUAUUUGAUUUAUUAUACAGGAUUUGAAUCCGUAGGCACAAUUCUUCAGGAAGAACCGCCACACGUGAACUGGGCAAGUAGAAGAAGGCAGCUGUCAAGGACUAUUAAUAUGUGGGUGACUGAAACAUUGUUUGAAAAUAUAUACAAUUUGAGCUAAAUAAACAUUUUAAAAAAUUUACUGCAUUAUAGUUGGUUAUGAAAUGUUUAUCUUUAGUUAUAAAUAAAUUAGCAUAAGUGCGGUGGGCUAUAAAUAUGUUGUGCCGAUGGGACAGGAUGUUGGAACAGGCUAUACAGUUGCUCAAAUAGCACUUGAUGAGCUGGAUUAUGUUGAAAAUUCAUUGAUUUUCGGAAACGGUGAUGAAGGAUUAAGCUCAACCGACUCCAGAAGCUCUAAGCAUGACAGCAUCUUAUUCGAUAACGCAUGUGCAGCUCCUUUGAUGAGAAAUUUAUUCCCCCACUUGGCUAACGAGCAAAAUUUUUGCUUGUUAACCAAGGAGUUCAUUUUUUUUAAAAAAAAUUUAAAAAAUCUAGAUUUUUGAAUAUGUGAAAUGAAAACUUAUUCUUUUAAAAGAGUCAAGCUUUUAAAUUUAAUCUACUUAAUUAUUAUUUGUAAAUAAUUUAAAUUAAAAAAUUUUGUUUCUAAAUGAGGAUUAAUUUUCCAAAAAUAGGGAUUCUCGGAUGGUUUUGCUCGUUGCCCAAGGAGGAAUUGGAAGAUUGUACAACUGCAGGAGAUGGCUGCAUGAUGCAAGGCCUCCAUAGUGCCUUAGGGACUUAUACAACCCUAGGCAGAACUUUACUAUUGCAAAUAGAAAAUUUGAAAUAUAUCAACAAUUAUACCUUAACUGGAGUCCAAGGGAUUUGGAACGGCAACGAUAUGACCUUAUUUAGAAAUCUUGACAAUCACUAUCUCUACGAUCCAUUAGCUUAUUCCUCAGACUUAUACGAAUCUGACUAUAAAGAUCAACAGGAGCAAAUGACUGUCUGGCAAAACUUGCUAAUGGCUCUUUAUUCAGUCUUUUCACUAUUGUUCUUCUUCUUCGUCUAUAACCCUAUGAUACAUAAAAUCGGGCAGGACACGAAAAAUGCUUGGAGUAUGUGCACAUUGAUUCCUCAAGAGUACCAAGAAGACUUCAAGAAACUUAGUGCCGCCAUUAAGGAAAGGAGAGAUAACUUUAAAUGGAGAUAA